AUGAAGCCGAAAAGAGGUGGGAGGGCUGAAGGACAAGACAGGCAGGCAAGUAAGAAAAAGCUGGCCUUACCUCCAGGAAUAAAAGGAAUGAUCGGCAGAGCGCUUGCAGCAGAGUUUGCACCCAUAGCCAGCACCAUAUACCAAUGCAUGGACUUGCAAUGUCUCUGCACUUACUUAAGAGGAUCAGUAGCUCCUAAUGGCCAAUGUUCACUUCCCAACGGGCAAAUGUUGAGAAAGGCAAUAAGAAAGGAGUACCGGAUGAUGAGCGAUGACGAGUUACAACGAUAUCACGCUGCUGUUAGACAGUUAAAGCAGGUUUGGUGGCGAGUUUUCAUUUUUCAAUCUCAAUAUUCACCUGGAAUCAAACUGUGCUUUCGGACAUGA